AUGCGCGUGUUUUUGGUAUUUAGCCUGUCACUGGCUGUAGCCCUGGGAGACGUCCUGAGUGGUGCAAGAAUCAGCCCCUACACGACCCCAACGACAAGGCGGUACUAUUAUUCGUCACCACUUUCAAUUCAAACCACUCCUUCACCACGAAGAUACUACUAUACUACACAACGCGUUAACGACGAUUCUGGACGUUACUAUGACGAUGCUGGCCGCUACAACCCCAGCGCAGAUGACUCUGGCCGUUACAUACCUGAUAACUCUGGAGCUUACAAUGGCGACCGAGGUGACCGUGGUGGUGCAGGCGGUUUCUACAGUGGUUCAAGUAGUGCGGGCGGUCCUGGUGGGGCUUAUUCCGGGUCUGGUAGCGCAGGCGGCCCUGGUGGGGCUUAUUCAGGUUCUGGUAGCGCAGGCGGUCCUGGGGGGCGUUAUUCUGGUUCGGGUAGCGUGGGCGGCCCUGGCGGCUUCUAUAAUGAUGAUUCUGGCAGAUAUGUUCCUGACAACAGUGGCAAUUACAAUGGCGACCGCGGUGACCGCGGCUCUGCGGGCGGAUUCUAUACUGGUGACAAGUCCAGCGGGUUUGGCAGCGGAUCUGGUAGUGGUUCUAGUAGCAAACCGAGCAGCGGCGUUGGAAUAUAUGGUGCCGGUUCUGCAUCUGGAUCUGCUUCUGGAGCAGGAAAAGGAUCAGGAUUGGGAGCCACUUCCGGAGCAGUAUCUGGCUAUGGAUCAAACUACGAUUACAAAUACGGCAUUAUUCGCCUGAAUAAAGAAGUUCAGCCUGAUGGCUACCACUACCUUUAUGAAACUGAGAAUAAGAUUCUUGCCGAAGAAGCCGGUAGAUUAGAGCCUAUUGAAAAUGAUAAUGAAGGCACCAAAGCUAAAGGAUUUUAUGAAUACGUCGGCCCUGAUGGUGUGACCUAUAGAGUAGAUUACACUGCCGACGAAAAUGGUUUCGUACCCUAUGGAGCUCACUUACCACAGAAUAUAUUCUCAAGUUCCUGA